UGGGGCGUAUUAAUCUCGUACUGCGCGAAGUGACGAAGUUCUAUAUGACGAAGGUAAUUCCCCUCACUCACACAACAGUGCUGCGCCAUACAUUUUAGCCACGGCGUCAAGUUCACGCCCUCAGGCCCAGUUUUACCCCGUAUCUGCGCAAUUUAGGCCUUGAUUUCCACUUCACAACGCCAGAGUAUAGUUAAACAUCUGCGAUGUCGACUCAAGACCAACGUACGCCUUGCACCGAUGCCUGGAUGAUUGCUGAGUAUCCAGACAAACCAAGAAACGUCCACAUCCCCAGGAACAACUACCAAACAGCCUUGAACCUGCCCGUAAACCGACGCCCGCCGGCAGACCAACAGCAGGAGUUCUCCGUGCGCGAAGGCGGCAUGUGGAUACAUGUGUAUGACCUGUUCAUCCGGGCUAGCGAUGAACAGGGUUCAAUGCCCUUCAGCGAAGACACGAGGUUGAAAAUCAUGGAAACGAUGGUCAAAAUGUUCGUGCCCGACAAUUCUGUUCAAGAGGACUCCCUUCCAGAUGACGUAUUGGUGCCCAUGCAGCCCUAUAGGGACAUGGAUUCUGGAGAGAACGUGACAGUGAUAACGACGCUUCCGUUCAACAGCAUGGACGGACAUCUGAAGGUGAUCGUCGCACCUGUUGACGGCGAUGGACGGGUGGACGUCACGAGAAGCAGGGCGUGCCUCAAGACUCUCCUGGCCCCGGCACUGGACGGCCCAGAGGUGCAGACAAAGAGAGCUCUACAAGACAUCCGUAACUUCUUCCUGCAGGGUUUUUCACCCACAGCAGCUGUAAGUACACGCCUAUCCCGCCCACGACAGGAGAGCCACAAGACAGAGAGCCACGUGACUUGCAGCAUGAGGACAUGGUUCCCGUUUGCGUCCUCCUACACUUCAAGAAGUGGAGGUCGAAGUUCGGCACUCACAGAAAGAUGUGCCGACUCUGCAAAGAGAACGCCGGCCCACUGUUUCACGCUACGAUCUGCCGAGCAAGCUUCUGUCAAAGAUGCAUCAGUGUUGCCUGCAUGA